AUGCCAGGAAUGGUCAGUAAAAACCCAGACCUCGAGUUCGACUCUUUGCAGCCCUGUUUCUACCCGGACGAAGAUGAUUUUUAUUUGUGCGGGCCGGACUCCGCUCCCCCCGGGGAGGACAUCUGGAAAAAGUUUGAGCUGCUGCCCACCCCUCCCCUGUCUCCCAGCCGGGCCGGGCUCCAGGAGCACCCCCCGGGGGGGGCCCCGGAAGAUGAGGAGGAAGAGGAUGAAGAAGAAGAAAUUGAUGUUGUGACAGUGGAGAAAAGACGCUCCGCCUCCAACAAGGCUGUUACCACCCUUACUAUUACAGUGCGUCCUAAAAAUACCACUUUUCCAUCAGUCAGGACACAGCAGAAUGAACUGAUUUUAAAGCGUUGUGCACCAAUUCACCAGCAGCAUAAUUAUGCCGCUCCUUCUCCAUACAUGGAGAGUGAAGAUGCUCCACCGCAAAAGAAGUUAAAAACCGAGGUGCCCCGUCCAGUAAAACCCCCGAUCCAACCAAAGUCUAAGAGUUCAAGUCCUCGAAACUCUGAUUCGGAGGAUAGUGAACGUCGACGCAACCAUAAUAUCCUAGAGCGUCAACGGCGUAAUGAUCUACGGUCAAGUUUCCUCACAUUAAGGGACCAUGUUCCAGAACUGGUAAAAAAUGAGAAAGCUGCAAAAGUUGUGAUCUUGAAAAAAGCCACUGAAUAUGUUCAUUCCCUUCAGGCAGAGGAGCAGAAGUUGUUGCUAGAAAAGGAAAAAUUGCAAGCCAGACAACAACAAUUGCUAAAGAAAAUAGAAUACAAGCGGACUUGCUAA